AUGAGGUCAUCCUUUUUCUUCAUUUUCAUUCUAAUCGAGGUAGCAAACAUUGUUCUUGGGUUAUCCGUGUGUCACCGUAAUAGCACUGACUUUGCUGUCAGAGGCCAAAAUUCGGAGGAGAGCUUAGUCAGAAGAAGACGAUCAUCCCUCGUAUUUCCAAAGGGUAGCGCAUUCGUGACAACUGUGGCUAUAUUGAAAGCUAUUAUGGUUAAAGAACCACCCAAUUGGAAUUUGAUUUAUGAGUUUGACGUAAUAUGGCCGAUACCGAGCGAAGAAAAUUUUCGAAAGAAUUUCUAUAGAAAACCGUGGGUAAUAAAACGACGCCAUAGACGUGAAAUUUAUAAUAAUUUUGAAAUGGCAUUAAACAGUCAAAAUCUACCUGGACGUCAAUGCGUUCUUAGAACUAUUUGCGAGGCUGCUACGAUUCUGAAUCAACCGGGCUUGUCGUUGGUGGAAAAAGCUUUGAAAGUAAUCCUCGAAAAUUCCGAAGACGUUGAAGAUACCGAUUAUUACGAUUUGGCGUACCGGAAAGGAACUGAUUGUAAUUUAGAGUAUCCUUGUCCAUUUUCUUUUCUACAAUUAUUAUUAUAUUGCUUGUACUCCGGGAUUGUCAUAUAA